AUGCGGGGUGCCUUCUCCGACGUGUACCGCGACAACAUCAUGUUCUUCCUUCUCGGACUCUUCGCUAUUCGCAUCACCAUCAAGAUCGCUUGCACUAGCUUCAUGUGCGAGCUCAUGCUCACAGUACCAAUUGCCAUCACAAACCAGACGAUGGCAAUUUUCACGCUGCUCGCGGCACCGACUCUGUUUGACUUCCUCGUCAUGUACGUGGCCUUGAUUGGUCUCCAGAUGAUCGAGCGAAUCUACAUCGGUCCGAAUGAGGACGUGGCAAUGGGCAAGCUGGCGCAGUGGAAGCGCACCUUCGAUGGCUACAUGAAGUCCCUGAGCGCAGCGAAGCCGAAGAAAGCGGACGACGACGAGGAGUCCGAAGACGAGAAGAAGUUCGAGGACCAGGAUGAGAUGGAGCAGGAGGGUGAGACCGAGGAGAUGAUCUCCUUCCUGGCCACGAUAUCAGCGGACUCCAUUGCCAAUCUGGUAGUGCCGACCUUCUAUGCGUUCUGCAUGUUGAUGUUCGAAGAGUCCCGCGUGCUGAGCAACUUCAGGAUUCCGCAGCACAAUGCGGAGUUCUACCUGUAUUUCUACAUCCUGAUGCUCCCCUUCCAGAUGAUCGCUGACCGCAUUUGUGUCAACAUUGUGGAAUGCUACCACGGCUGGAAAGUCACGGACUAUUUGGAGUAUUGCGCGUACCGCUUCAUUGUCCGAACCACAGACUGGAAGGGCAAGGACAACGUUCUCGACCAGACGCUGUCUCCGCACGUGCGCUCCAUCGACCAGAUGUGCUUCUCGGACCAGUUCUAUUUCGUCUGCCUCAUGCAGACGAUCGGCGCGAUGUCGCUGGUCUUCGGCAUGCAGAUCAUCUUCGAAGCCGGGUGGAACAUCUUCGAGGAUCCUGCGACUCCGGUUGUCCUCUUCUACGCCCUGUGCCUCUGCAGAGGCACAAGCGCCAUGACCGGAGUUUCAGCUGCAUACUUGAAGAUCUGGGUGGUCCGCUACCGUACCUGGGCUGAGUCGGGCUACCAGCAGGCAAUCAUGAAGAAAAUGCAGGCUAUGUCCGGAAGCACUGCAGAUGAGAAGCCACCGCCGCCCCCCGCCGGCUCCGUGCACGAUGGCUGGCCAGAGCCCGCCCACUACGACAAGCAUGGCAUGGAGAGGUAUCGCGUGGCUUUCCUAGCCGAGAACCAGCUUUGGCUGCAGGUCGCUGUGUCGGAGAUGAUGGACAAGAAGACGCUGGAAAAGCACCGCGAAGACCUCCUGGAUGGCUUGGCCACCAUCGUCAACGAGGUGGCUCCCAAAGACUAUGCGGCCGAGGGCACCGAGCCUGUCGAGAAGGAGAUGUUCCAGUUCGGGGCAGCGCCGGCGAUGGACCUGGCACGGGCAGCUUCAGAGAUCCAGCGGGAGACCUACGAGAACUCGGCUCUGCGCCAGCUCAUGAGGAUGUGGCGGGAGCGUGCCCAGUUCAUGCUCUUCCUACAGCAAGUCUCAGCCAUGGUGAAGCUGGACAACUACCAGCGGCGUGAUGCCUGCGAGAUCUGUGGGAAGGCAAAGGACCAGCUUCCGCUGGUCGUGCUGCCCAUCUAUACUCUCCUGCACUUGGCAUCCCUGUACCGAGAACAGAGAGAUAUGUCCCCGUUGUGGAACACCCCACUGUGGAAGCACUUCUACCAGACCUUCACUCCAACCUGCACGCUUUGCGAGGAGUGCGCCAAGUAUUACCACAAGCGUAACACCAACAUCCCCGUCAACGAGAAGCGCUACCAGCGCUUGCAGGCGAAGCAGAAGAGCGCGUACGAAAAAGUCAGGGUGAGCGAUUACCCGGUGAUCACUAUGGAGCCAGAAAUGAAGCAGGUUUUGAACCUCUGGCUCCAAUGGACAAGAUGCAUUGUCCGAGACGAGCGCCCGCAAGACUUCCUGCCGCGCUUCGGCAUCGAAGGACGCACCAUGCAGGAGAUCAGAAAGGAGUUGCUGGACAAGGCCUACUGGAGGUUUUGGGAUGUCAGGGUUUUUUUGGAGCUUUUUGGCUUUUUGGAACUUUUGGGCUAA